GUCAGACUGGUUCCUUGAAGCGGCCCGCAACAAUAACGGUCCAGGUAAUCUUGAUCUCUGUGAUUUCUGAAGGCAGCACCGAGUCGAGUACAGAGCCGAAUGAGAAGUGCCUUUGUUGGCCCAUAUCCGUGUGCAUGUUCGUCCAAACAUCCUUGAAGUCGAGUCUCCGGAAGUGGAAAAUGGAUAGCAAAGACAGAAGCUGGUUUGAUAUCGAGUAAGCGAAAGGCAAAGUAGAUUGGCAAGGCACCGCCAUUGUGUUUGUGUUAUGUGGCUUGGAAGUCCAAAAUCACGGUCGCUUUUGUUGAAGAGCUCCAGCAGGUUGCGACCAGUACCUUACGCACAUAUACACCGAGGAGACACAUCAGCCAUGGCCGACACAGACGUUGAGAUGACGACCGCGGGAGAAGCAGUUCCACAGGCAACAACACAGACGACAGAGAACGUGCCAGCACCUAGCCCGUCAUUAUACAUCAAGAAUCUUAACGAAAAGAUCAAGCUGGAUGUACUCAAAAAGUCGCUAAGGACCAUUUUCGGACAGUAUGGAGAAGUGCUGGAUAUUGUGGCCCAUUCCAAUAUUAGGAUGCGUGGCCAGGCGUUUGUUAUCUUUGGAGACAAGGAUGUUGCAACAAAGGCCAUGUCAGAAGUGCAGGGAUUCCCACUUUACGGCAAACCAAUGGUUAUCCAAUACUCAAAGAGUAAAUCUGAUAUUCAUGCAAAGAAAGACGGGGAGUUUGAGGAGCAUUACAAGAGACGCAUGUUGACUAAAGAAAAAUUUGCAAACGAGUUCAAGCCAAAAAAGAGACAGGCGAUGCUGUUUGCGAAGCAGCAGCAAAAGAUGCAGGAGCAGCAGAGGAUUCUGGAGGAACAACAACAGCUGCUGCUCCAGCAACAGCAACUCUCACAGCAGGGCCCAUACGGACAUCUUCAAGCAGGAGCAGCAGGAGCAGCAGGAGCAGCGGCAGUACCGGGUGCAGCGAUCGGUGGAGUGCCGAUGAUUCCAGACGAAUACUUGCCGAGAAACAGCAUUUUGUUCUUGCAAAACCUCCCCCACGACGUACAAGAGUCUCAGCUGGUGUCGCUCUUUCAACAAUACCCGGGGUUCAAGGAAGUGCGUACGGUCCCUGGCAAGUCAGGAAUUGCCUUUGUGGAGUACGAUAACGAGUAUUACUCCGCUGCUGCCAAGACCGCCUUGGCCGACUACCAGAUCGCGCCUGAACAUAAGAUGAAGGUCACCUUUGCUAGAAAAUAGUUCUCCUCGUGUACAAACUCAACCCCUCGCGAAUAAAAAAAUAAAAAAAAAAAGAAAGCUGCAAAGGACACAUCCAUUGUUAUUGUCGAUUGUUUUGUUUGAGCUAUGGAGGCGAUACCGAGGUCGAAGUGGCACGGAAUCCUGACACGGUUUGUUCAGCUCGAAGCCUGGACUGGUGCAAACUGAACUCGCUCAAUGUCGUCCGAGCAAGGGCCUUGCCCUGGAAGGAUGUGCUCGUGGAACUAGUCGUCGCCACUUGAACAUAAUCGCCCAGCUUGAUCGGCACCCGCCCUGCGCUUGUAUUCUGCAAAGCUG